UUUGUUUUCUGCAUCGUCUUCAUCUUCAUUCUUUCUUUCUCCUUCAUGUGCCCUAACUCUCUGUAUCCAUUCCAAUUCCACAAAUCCUCUAAGCAUUGAGGAGGCUGUCUCUUCUUUCCACGCCUUGCUUCAGAGGCAACCCCGACACUCUAUAGUCCAAAUCAAUAAGAUUUUAGGAUCCAUUGCGCGGAUUAAACAUUAUCCUACUGUUACCUCCCUUUUUGCACUCGCAAAAUUUAAGGGAUUCACGCCUUCUUUUGUUACUCUUAGUGUCUUGAUUAAUUGUUACUGCCAUAUGGGUCAAAUGCUUUCGCUUUCUCUGUCUUUGGGAAGAUUCUUAAGAUGGGCUGUCAGCCAGGUACCAUUACUUUGACUACACUGAUGAAAGGCCUAUGCAUCAAUAAUGACAUCGGGAAGGCCUUAGAUUUUUAUGGUGAUCUAACAGCUAAAGAGUUUCAGUUAGAUGUUAUUAGUUACGGCACCCUCGUUAAUGGGCUAUGCAAAACAGGGAAGACAAGAUGUGCUGUCAAACUUCCCCAAAACAUGGCCAGAGGGCGGCUUAAGCCUAAUUUAGUUAUGUAUAGUACAAUUAUUGAUGGCUUUUGCAAGGAAGGACUCAUCACAGAAGCCAGCGAUUUAUUUCAUGAAAUGAUUGGUCACGGAAUAUCUCCUAAUGUUGUGACCUACAACUCCCUGAUAAAUGGCUUGUGUUGUAUGUAUAAAUGGCUGGAAGCAGCAAAGUUGUUUAAUCAAAUGAGACUCAAAGGCAUCAACCCUAAUGUUUGUACUUUUAAUAUAUUAGUUGAUGCAUUUUGUAAGGAAGGAAGUGUUACCAAAGUUGAAGCUGUUGUUGGCAUGAUGAUGAAGUACGAUAUAAAACCCGAUGUUGUUACUUACAACACUUUAAUUGAUGAGUACUGUUGGAUCAAUAAUGUUGACAAGUCAAGAGUGGUUUGACUCCUGAUGAUUUUAGUUAUACUAUCUUGAUCAAUGGAUUUUGUAACAUCAAGAUGAUUGAUGAUGCCUUGGAUCUCUUUAGAGAAAUGAAACGCAAAAAUUUGAUUCCCAA